AUGGUCCGCGUUGCUGCUGUCCAAGCCGCCUCGGUUGGCUUUGACCUUCAAGCGUCCGUUGCCAAGCUCCAGCGCCUUGUUGCCGAGGCAAAGGAGAACGGCGCCGAGCUCGUCGUGCUUCCCGAAGCGUUUCUGAGUGCGUACCCCCGGCACUAUAAUGUGGGAGUUGGGUACAGGACACAGGACAAUCGCGACUGGUACGGCAAGUACGUCCAAUCAGCCGUCAAGGUGCCCGAGGACGGUGUCGGCCGCGACUGGAACGCCUCUGCACCCCUCCAGGCUCCCGGCGACGACUUUUGGGCGUUCCAGGUCCUGUGCGAGACGGCCAAGUGCAACAAGCUCUACCUGUCGGUGGGCAUCAUUGAGCGCUCCCUCACGGGAGCCACUGUGUGGUGCUGCAACCUCCUCUUCAGCCCCGAGGGAGUGUGCCUCGCCAAGCACCGCAAGAUCAAGCCGACUGGCGCCGAGCGUGUCAUUUGGCAUGAAGCGGACGCAGCCAACCCCGUCGCGCCAAGGGGUGACGCCGCCGCCGAGGCGAAGGCUGCGGACAACAUGCCAGUGGUGCAGACCACGCUGGGCAAGGUCGGCGCGUUGAUCUGCUGGGAGAACUACAUGCCUCUCGCUCGCUACGUGAUGUACAAGAAGGGUGUCGAGCUGUACCUCGCGCCCACUGCCGACGGCCGCCCGACCUGGGUAUCGACGAUGCAGCACAUUGCCAUGGAGGGCCGUUGCUUCGUUGUCUCUGCAAACCAGUACCAGGAAAACACCGACAUGCCAGCCGACUACCCUGCCAACGCCAACCCGUCGGCGCUGUCGUCGGACAAGGUCUGGUGCCGCGGUGGCUCAUCCAUCAUUGGGCCCCUGGGCGACAUCCUCGCUGGUCCCCUGUGGGACACGGAGGGUAUUCUCUAUGCCGAUAUCGACGUGAACCAGGUGCUGGGUACAAAGGUCGACUUCGACCCCGUGGGACACUACUCGCGCGAGCCGCUGCUCAUGGGCCUGAUUGCCAAGCUGUAG